CUCUUCUUCACGGCCCUUCAAAUCCGUCUAUUUUUUAAGGAAAUGAUAAUACCGGAAAUCCCCAUGCCAAGUUCUUGCUCUUUCUGAACACCAAGGCUUCCAUUUCAAAGAGCACUAGCAGAACCGAAGCCCAUGGCUGCAAUUGCAGGGCUAUCUUCAUGGUCAUCCAAGCCCUCUCCAAUUAGUCCAUCGCAACACCAAGCAUCAUCUAGUAAGAUUAGUAUUAACCCUUGGACUUUCUCCAUCACCAACAGUUUGAAAGAAAUAACAAAAACCCACUACCCAAUCUCUACAACAGACCAAAACCAGAAGUUUUUUUCUCCCUCCACACACUUAAAUGCAACCUUGCGGAGCCCAAGAGGCUUUGGCCCUUCCCCAAAGAAAAAGAAAAAGACCAAGAAGAACACUAACCAAGACAAUGACAGCGAUGAAGAUGAAGAUGACGAUGAGGACGAGGAAGAGGACGAGCGGGAGGAAGGCGUAAUACCGGAGAUCGUGACAAACAGGAUGAUUGGGAGGAUGGGGUUCACAGUUGGGGUACCAUUGUUUCUGGGGCUCUUGUUCUUCCCAUUCUUCUACUACUUGAAAGUUGGCUUGAAAAUAGAUGUGCCCACUUGGGUGCCCUUCAUAGUGUCGUUUGUGUUCUUUGGGACGGCCCUUUUUGGGGUCAGCUAUGGGAUUGUGUCCUCCAGUUGGGAUCCUUUGAGGGAAGGCUCCCUCUUGGGUUGGAAUGAGGCUCAGAAGAAUUGGCCUGUGUUUUGGCAGUCCCUUCGCGGUGGAUCUAAAAAGGACUAAUUAACAACUUACGCUCUUUCAACAAUUUUUCCUCCUAUACUAGUAAAUUUUGGACCUUUUUUAUUA